AUGACUCGCGGUAGAUUACCACCUGUCGGUCAAGAAGCCGAUCGUAGACCACCUCCAAUUCGAAGGAGGCCACGCAUCCGCAGAAGAACAAGAAAACUACGAAGACUAAAUAAUAAAACAGGAAACUCCUUUACAUCAGUUGUCUUUGUGGGAGUCGCAAUUGCGUUGACUAUUUACGUUAUUAUAAAAU